CCAGGCGUGGGGGGCUCUGGCUGCCCCAGGAGAUAGCAGAUGGAGCGGAGCUGGAAGCAGGGGUCAGCCAGGAGCACGGCGGUGGCUCGCUCCUUCCUACAGGAAGGCAGCAGAGGCGGCUGGGGCAGGGAUGUUGUCACCCCCUUCCUCCUGCUCAGCCCGCUCUCCCCCAGCAGAAUUCUACACGUGUCCAUCAGUGCAAGUGCGCAGUACAUGACCCCUUCAACGCUGCCUCAAUAAACACGGUAACAACUUCCGCGGUCUCCGACGCUUUCUGCGGCGGCCAGGGCGCCCAGGAAACCUGCCGGCGGCGGCUUGUCCCGCCCCUGGCGGCUGGAGCCAAUGGAAGCCGGGCGCCCCGCCCCGCCCCGCCCGCUCCGGGGUACUUAAGCCAGGGGAGCUCCGGCAGAGUGCAAGCCGGCAGAGUGCAAGCCGGGGAAGAGCACUGCCCGACCUCGCAAGAGCCACGGCCCGAGCGGGUGGAGCCCGCGUUGUGCUGCCUUGGCCACGGGCCGUGCGGGUGAGUCCAGGGGCUGUGCCCUGUGCACCACUGCCCUGCCCCGUCCCUGGCCGCCAUGGCCUGGCUGUUGCUGCCAGGUACGGUGCUGUGCAUGCUGCCUGCCCAGCUAGGCGCCCUGGACGCUGCCGGUUCCCCGACCCCUGUGCCCCAUAACUGCCCCUACAAGUGCGUCUGUGCCGCUGACCUGCUCAGCUGCGCAGGUCUGGGGUUACAGGAUGUGCCGGGCAUGUUACCUGCUACUACUGCAGACCUCGACCUGGGCCACAACACGCUCCAGCAGCUGCGCCCUGGCUGGCUGGCGCCCCUCUCCCGGCUACACACGCUACGCCUAGACCAUAACGCGUUGACUGCGCUGGGUCACGGCGUCUUCGCCAACGCCAGCUGCCUGAGGCUGCUGGAUCUGUCAUCUAACGCCCUUCGGAGACUUGGCCGCCACGACCUCGACGGGCUGGGCGCGCUGGAGACCCUGUUUCUGUUCAACAACAGCCUGGCUCGCCUGGACGAGCUCGCCUUCCACGGCCUCUGGGCGCUCAGCAGCCUCUACCUGGGCUCCAACCAGCUCGCGGCCUUCUCCUUCGAUCACCUGCACGGCCUGGGUGCACCCCACCUGCGCGUGCUCGACCUCUCCUCCAACCAUCUGGGCCACGUCUCCAUCCCGGGGCUGGCUGCACUGCCCGCCUUCCUCAAGCGCGGCCUCUACCUGCACAACAACCCACUGCCCUGCGACUGCCGCCUCUACCACCUGCUUCAGCGCUGGCACCAGCGGGGCCUGAGUGCCAUACGUGACUUCGCCCGCGAGUACACGUGCCUGGCCUUCAGUGUGCCCACAUCCCGUGUGCGCUUUUUUGAGCACAGCCGUGUCUUUGAGAACUGCUCGGCUCCCCCCGCCGCUGGCCUUGAGCGGCCCGAGGAGCAGCUACAAGCGCAGGUGGGCCAGUCCCUGCGGCUGUACUGCAAUAGCAGCUUACCGGCUGGCCGUGUGGCCUGGGUUUCCCCGCAGCAAGAGCUGCUGGUGGCACCGGGAUCGCACGACGGCAGCAUCGCGGUGCUGGCCGAUGGCAGCCUGGCCAUAGGCAGCGUGCAGCAGAAGCACGAAGGCAUGUUUGUGUGCCUGGCUGCGGGGCCACGCCUGCACCACAACCAGACCCUCGAGUACAACGUGAGCGUGCACUGGCCACACCCCGAGCCCGAGGCCUUCAACACGGGCUUCACCACGCUGCUGGGCUGCGCCGUGGGCCUGGUGCUGGUGCUGCUCUACCUGUUCGCGCCACCCUGCCGUGCCUGUUGCCGCUGUGGCCGCCACCCCUGCCGCUGCUGCUGUUGCCGCUGGCCUCGCACCUUGAGCCCACUGCAGGAGCUCAGUGCACAGUCCUCAGUGCUCAGCAGCACGCCCUCAGAGGCCCCCAGCCGCAAGGCCAGUGUCCACAAGCAUGUGGUCUUCCUGGAGCCAGGCAGGAGGGGUCUCAAUGGUCGCGUGCAGCUGGCUGUGGCCGAGGAUUUCGACCUCUAUAACCCGGUGGGCCUGCGGAUCAAGGCCAGCUCAGAGUCGGCCAGCUCUGCAGGUUCCGAGGGCCUCAUGACGAACUAGAUUGCCCAGGGAUUGCCAUGGGUGCUGGGCAGGCUCUCUCCGCCUUGACCUGGUGAUGAGGGCAUGGCCCUCGGCUUCCCUCCCCUGCCUUGGAGGGCCGCUAGUGCCCACCCUGCCUGCCACCACCACCUGGUGCCCAGCAACUAGGAAAUGAGCUCUGCACGGGUGAGCCUCCAUGCCACAGCUGCAGGCUGCCCCCCAAGGCGGGUCCUGACCCUGGGACUGCAGGGCAGCAGCCCUCGCCCUUUUGCCAUUCCACCUUCUGAAACAUCACAACUUCACAGUCUGUAGGUGGCUGUCAGGCCCCAGAUUCCUGGAUGUUUGGUGUGAGGUGAGCCCCAGCCUUGCUCUCUGUGCAGGGGUGUCUGGCACAGCCUAUUCUGCAGACUCGUGGGACCACGCCCACAAAAGCCUGCCAUGCAGGGACAGGUGGGAACCACACAUCCCUGCAGGGUAGGGCCUGAUGGCCGGGGUACUGCCUGGGCUCUGUACAGCUUGCCACUCCUUGGCAGGGAAGGGGACUUGUGAGUGACUUGGGGUGGGGGCUGACUUGGUGACCCUCAGGUGUCCCAGACCCUACUGGUUUGGAGUUUCUGAAUAAAGGUGGCAGCUCAUGCUCGUGCCAGAGCCAUCACCCAGUCCUGUACCGCUGGGGUCCCUGAUUCUGCUCCUUACGCCAUCUGCCACGCUGUCUCCCCAGGCAGUGCAAACCUCACCACUAGCCCUGGGCUUCCCAACUUAUCCCAAGCUCUAUUUCCAAGACGGGAAAAGAGGCAAGGGGAGGCCUGGCCCAGUCCCACUGAGACACGGCCCCUGGGGGCCCCAGCCCCCAACACUCACUCUGCGGCGGGACCGUGCACCAGGAGA